AUGGCGGCCAGUCUCGCGGGAAAGACAUUUUUCAUCACCGGCGGCGCAUCUGGCAUGGGCCUGGCAACGAAACUCGCCGCCGUGACGGACUCAGUCGACGUUUCCUACAGAUCCCGGAUCCUCACCCAGCCAGUCGACGUGGCCGACCGAGGCGCGAUCAAGAGCUUUCUAGAAGGCACAAAGAGGCACUUUGGCCGCGUGGACGGCAUUGCGAAUAUCGCGGGAAUCGGAGGGCGUCUGAUUGGCACGCACCCGAUCUGGGAGAUACCGACGGCAGAGUACGACUUGGUCAUGGAUGCCAACGCGCGUAGCGUCUUCAAUACGCUGGCAGAAGGGUUGGUGCCGGGUUUCAUGGAGACGCCCGGAAGUAUUGUUAACGUGGGGAGCAUGUAUUCCGUUCGCGGUUUCAAAAACGCCGCCCCGUAUUGCGGGAGCAAGCACGCGAUGAUUGGGUUGACUAAAACAGCCGCCAUUGAAGCUGGCGAGGGAGGAAUAAGGGUGAACGCUUUACUCCCUGGUUGUGUCGAUACUCCGCUUCUGCGCGCCACGUUUGAGAGAUUUGACGAGGAGCCAAACCAAAACACACCAAUCCCACGAUAUGGGGAGCCCCAGGAAAUUGCCAAUGUUAUUGCCUAUCUGUUGAGCUCUGAGAGUUCAUUUGUUACCGGAGCAGUCUGGAAUGUCGACGGUGGAGCUAAUGCUUAG